AUGGUUUAUCGAGGAGCCGACAUCCCAGGACAUGCCAAGAUCCGUGCAGCCCUAAAGCCAUACGGCAUUGGCGUCGCAACUGGUGAACACAUCAAUAACCGCACAAUUGACUUUGUCGUGGUGUCUGUCACGAAGAGCAUUUUAAUGCACGGAUCCUCUCCCCGAGGCCUUGAGGAUCCGGCUGCGAUCACUUCGGAGGAAUAUCAUUUUGCUCCAGCGGCUUCCCGGUACUCUUUGAAUGCCAAGUAG